AUGUCUGCCGAGACGAAGGGUCAAACCACUAUCAUCAAAGAGCAGCGAGCGAUCGAGGAACAAAUCGAGCUACCCGACUAUGAUAAAAAGCGAAAAGAGGCCCUCGAACAAAUCGAUAACGCAGAGUUCGGAUGGUUUCACGUUCGAACUUGUCUCGUGGCCGGUGUAGGUUUCUUCACGGAUGCCUAUGACUUGUUCGCGAUUAACAUUGCGUCCGUUAUGUUGGGAUAUGUCUAUUUCAAUUCACUAAAGGGUUCGGGCCCUCCGUCGAACAUUGAUUUGUCCAUAAAAGUGAGUGCAUCGGUGGGUAAUGUUAUCGGUCAGUUCGGGUUCGGUAUCAUUGCCGAUAUGAUAGGUCGUAAGAGGAUUUAUGGUGUCGAGUUGAUGAUCAUAGUUGUUGGCACGGUCGCCUCGGCUCUUUCUUCUGAUGGAAGGGCUGUCACCAUUCAAGGCUGUCUCAUCUUCUGGAGAUUUAUCAUGGGUCUUGGUAUCGGAGGAGACUAUCCUCUUUCUGCAAUCUUCGCCAUGCAAGGUUUUGGUAUUCUGACGGCCGCCAUCGUUGCCACAAUUGCCGUGGUCGCAUUGAAGGGCCCCAUUGAUAGUGAUCCCCAAAACAUAGAUUAUGCCUGGAGAAUACUUCUGGGAAUGGGUGCAAUUCCCGGAGUUGUCGCCCUCUACUUCCGCCUCACCAUUCCCGAGACUCCUCGAUUCACAAUGGAUAUUGAACGCAAUAUUGAUCAAGCUGCCCAGGACAUCACCAGCGUGUUGAGCACCGGAACCUACAAGAAUAGAGAUGCCGAGGCUAUAGUCAUAAAAGUUGAUGCUCCAAAAGGCACGUGGUCGGAUUUCUGGAAUUAUUUCGGAAAAUGGGAAAAUGGAAAAGUUUUGCUUGGAACAUCGUUAUGUUGGUUUUUCCUUGAUAUCGCCUUCUACGGAAUCGGUUUGAACAAUUCCAUCAUCCUGCAUAGCAUCGGUUACGGAGCUGGCGACCCAUAUCAAACUCUAUUUAACAUCUCCGUUGGUAACAUCAUCAUUGCAUUACUGGGCACCGUUCCUGGCUAUUGGGUUUCCGUUUUCACGAUCGACUCAUGGGGGAGGAUACCUAUCCAGAAGAUGGGCUUCAUUGCUCUCUUCUGCUUAUAUCUCAUUAUGGGGUUCGGUUUUACACCUAUUAAGAAUGCAUCCACGGUUCUUUUCAUUGUUAUAUUCACCCUUUCUCAGUUCUUCACAAAUUUCGGACCCAACACAACUACUUUCGUUCUCCCGGGAGAAGUUUUCCCCACAAGAUAUCGAUCCACCGGUCACGGUAUCAGCGCAGCAUCCGGAAAAAUAGGCGCUAUCGUAGCUCAAGUAGGAUUUUCCAAAAUAAAGGACUUGAACGGUCCAAACAACGGCAUAGGCAUUCUACUAGUUAUCCUCUCCUCCUUCAUGUUGAUCGGCUUCUUUCUCACUUUCCUCAUUCCGGAGACAAAACGCAAAACGUUGGAAGAAUUGUCGAACGAAAAUCAAGAAGGGUUUGUCAAGGGUGUGGGUGCAGCCGGGGAGGCACGAGCUGGACUUUUCGCAUAUCGAGCCGGUGGAAACUAG